AUGAGUUCAAAUCAAAAGAUACCGAGUCUACAAGAACGAAGAACAACGGUCAUCGAAUUGGAACAAGUGCCUCAAGAAACGAACGAUCAAGCAUUCAGAAAGUGCACUCAACAACUUUACGAUAAUCAUCGUAAUUAUUGUUUAAUGGAUAGAUCUGAGGAGUAUUAG